AUGACCUCCGGGAAAAUCACAAUUUCAAUUGAUCGUGGUGGGACAUUUACCGAUGUACACGCCAUCGUGCCUGGUCGACCAGACAUUGUAUUGAAACUCCUCUCGGUUGACCCCUCACACUAUCAAGAUGCCCCAACUGAGGGCAUUCGCCAAAUCUUGGAGCUUGUUGGAGACCCGCACCCCCGUGGCCAGCCAUUGAGACUCGACCGUAUCGGCUGCCUUCGAAUGGGUACCACCGUGGCUACCAAUGCACUCCUGGAACGCAAAGGCGCCCGGUCAGUGUUAUUCACGACCAAAGGAUUCCGCGAUCUCCUCAAGAUUGGUGACCAGUCCCGUCCUGCCAUCUUUGAUUUAUCCAUGGCGCGGCCCGGAGUCCUGCCAGAGAGCGUUGUUGAAGUCAACGAGCGGGUGAUUCCUUGCCACCCAAAUGCAAGCACAGAUUGCUUUCCCGGCGCUCGAAUCGUUGAAGGCAUCACUGGCGAGAAGUUCCGAGUGGUGCAGGAAUUGGAACUAGACCACGUGCGAUCCGAGCUUCAGAGGCUCAGAGAGGAAGGGUAUAAAUCGAUUUCAGUCGCGCUGGCGCAUUCCUUUGCCUACCCGGAUCACGAACGCCAGAUUGGGGAGAUUGCCGAGCAGAUGGGCUUUUCUGUGACACUAUCCUCCAAAUUAAUGCCUAUGAUCAAACUGGUACCGCGAGCCAUGUCCUCUGCCGCUGACGCGUAUCUUACACCCGUCAUCAAAACCUACAUCGACUCCAUUUCUACGAGCUUUGAAGGGGGCUUGGAAAAACAACAAGAAUGUCGCUUUGAAUUUAUGCAGUCGGAUGGAGGCUUGGUAGACUUCCGAAAGUUCAGUGGUUUGAAGGCCAUUCUUUCAGGUCCCGCGGCUGGAGUGGUGGGAUUUGCUGCGACAAGCUGGGACCCUGUCGAAAAGACUCCAGUGAUUGGAUUCGACAUGGGUGGUACCUCGACCGAUGUUUCUCGGUUUGAUGGGCACUUGGAUCAUGUUUUUGGAUCCAAAUUGGCAGGUGUUCUGAUCCAGUCUCCCCAACUCGAUAUCAACACAGUGGCUGCUGGCGGUGGAUCUAUUCUUUCUUGGCGCAAUGGCCUCUUCUAUGUUGGACCUGAAUCGGCCAGUGCGCACCCCGGUCCAGCUUGUUACCGAAAGGGCGGCCCUUUGACGGUGACGGACGCUAAUUUGUUCUUGGGUCGUUUACUUCCUAAGUAUUUCCCCAACAUCUUCGGGCCCAAUGAAGACCAACCUUUAGAUACCGAGAUCACGGCACAGAAGUUCCACGAAUUAACAGAGAAGGUUAAUGUUGAGCGUCGUCAAAAGUCGCAGGCAGAAUACACCCCAGAGGAAGUUGCUCUUGGGUUCCUGAAUGUUGCUGAUGAGUCGAUGGCUCGUCCUAUCCGCAAUCUCACCCAAGCUCGCGGCUUUGAAACCGCUUCGCACCACCUCGCUUGCUUUGGAGGAGCCGGUGGCCAACAUGCCUGCUCAGUUGCAAAGAACCUGGGAAUUUCUCGCGUCAUCAUUCAUAAGUACUCUUCGGUUCUUUCUGCUUAUGGCUUGGCCCUUGCGGAAGUUGUCAAAGAAUCCCAGGAGCCGGUGUCCUCCGAAUAUGUUUCCUCGCAUUCAAACCUCCUGGAUCGCUUUGAGAGUAUAGCGGCUGCUUCAGCAGAGGAAAUGAAGGCCCAAGGUUUCUCCUCUAGUCAAUUACGACAUGAGCACUACCUUAACAUGAGAUACGAAGGUUCCGACACCAGUUUGAUGAUUUUGCGGCCAGUGGGAUCGACGGACUUUUUGAGUCAAUUCCGAGAUCGCCACCGUCGCGAAUUCAACUUCAAUUCUGAUCGACCAGUUCUCGUCGAUGACGUUCGUGUGCGCACCAUCGCCUCGGCCCAGGUUCGCACAGAGCGCAGCCCACUGGUGCAACUGAAGGAUGCUAGCAUGAAGGAUGUUGAAAUCGCUCCAGCCAACACCGCUGCGGUCUAUUUUGACGGCCACUCGAUGCGCAUCAAUACCCCUGUCUACCUGCUGGAUGAACUGGAGAAGCACACGCGGAUAAUUGGGCCUGCCCUUAUCAUUGAUAAGACCCAAACAAUUGUUGUGGCUCCUAACAGUGUGGCGAAUCUCUUGGAAACUUGCAUUGUCAUCGACCUGAAGGACAAGCCAAAAUCUCAACCCGAGAAAGCUGCAUCGGAGAUUGAUCCCAUCCGUCUGACUAUCUUUGGACAUCGAUUCAUGUCCAUCGCUGAGCAGAUGGGUCGGACGUUACAGAAGACUUCGGUAUCCACCAACAUCAAAGAACGAUUGGAUUUCUCUUGUGCCUUGUUUUCCCCCGAUGGAGGACUCGUUGCCAAUGCCCCACACGUUCCAGUGCAUCUAGGAUCUAUGCAGUUUGCCGUGCGCUACCAGCAUCAGAAGUGGCUGGGCAAUUUGAAAGAUGGCGAUGUGCUUGUCGCUAAUCACCCCAGUUGUGGUGGCACUCACCUCCCAGAUAUUACCGUGAUUACACCCGUCUUUGAUCGCCCCGGUGGCAGCAAGAUUAUGUUUUAUGUCGCCUCACGAGGCCACCACGCAGAUAUAGGGGGCAUCCUCCCAGGUUCCAUGCCUCCCAAAUCCACCGAGCUUUGGCAGGAAGGUGCAGCCAUUGAGGGCGAUAAAAUCGUCAGCAACGGCAUUCUGGACGAGGCACGCCUCAUUGAAUUGCUGGUGACAAAGCCCUCGCAGUACCCUGGUUGUUCCGGUGCGCGAUGCAUUAGUGACAAUCUCUCUGAUCUCAAAGCCCAGAUCUCGGCCAACGCCCGGGGCAUCACUUUGAUCCAGAGUCUCUUUGCGGAAUAUGGCGUUGAGACCGUGCAGAACUACAUGUAUGGCAUUCAGGCGACGGCGGAGACAGCUGUACGGAAUCUGCUCAAGGAUUUAUACCAGAAGUUCGGCGGCCAGCCACUGGAAGCGGUAGAUCACAUGGAUGACGGCACACCGAUUUGCCUCAAGGUCACCAUAGAUGGAUCUGACGGAUCUGCCGUCUUCGACUUUUCGGGAACGGGUGCCCAGGUGGACGGAAAUUGGAAUGCGCCCAUCUCCAUAACACACUCAGCGAUCAUCUAUUGUCUGAGAUGCAUGAUCAAUGCGGACGUUCCUCUGAACCAGGGAUGCUUGGCUCCAAUUGACAUUCAAGUGCCAUCGCCUAGCCUUUUGUCGCCAAGUAAGGCUGCGGCUGUUGUAGGCGGAAAUGUGCUCACAUCGCAGCGCAUCACAGAUGUUGUUUUCAAAGCAUUCAAGGCAGCAGCGGCCUCGCAAGGUUGCUGUAAUAACCUGACCUUCGGAACCAAUGCUAAACUAGACGCUACCGGGGCAGUGGUGACUCCUGGAUUCGGAUACUAUGAAACCAUCGCUGGUGGCGGUGGAGCCGGGCCAACUUGGAACGGGGAAUCUGGCGUUCAAGUCCAUAUGACCAAUACGCGGAUUACUGAUCCUGAAAUUCUAGAGAAACGCUAUCCAACUAUGCUUCGGCAGUUUUCACUGCGUGAGGGGUCUGGUGGCCGGGGCAAGCACCCUGGUGGCGAAGGUGUGAUCCGCGAUAUUGAGUUCCUUGCUCCGAUGCAGUGCUCUAUUCUGUCCGAGCGACGUGUUUACCGGCCAUAUGGGUUGGAAGGUGGCGAGGAGGCCCAGUCUGGUGCAAACUAUCUAGUAACAGGGGAUGAGAAGAUCAACAUUGGGGGCAAGAACACCGUGUCCGUGAAGACACAUGACCGAAUGAUUGUGAUGACGGCUGGUGGAGGUGGAUGGGGUGCUGUUUAG